CCAUGGUUGGCGGGGGCGGGGCACACGGAAGAGCCUGCGCCUCAACCAGUGCAACAGGUGGCUGGCGAGUGGCUGGGGCCGGGGUGGACCGGACCUGCCAUGGACAAGCUGAAGAAGGUGCUGAGCGGGCAGGACGCCGAGGACCGGGGCGGUCUGUCCGAGGUUGCUGAGGCAACUUCCUUAAGUUCGGGUACCAGAAUAAAAGGCUUCAUUGCCUGUUUUGCUGCAGGAAUUCUCUGCUCACUGCUGGGAACUUUUCUGCUCUGGGUGCCCCAGAAGGGACUAUACCUCUUCGCAGUGUUUUAUACCUUUGGUAAUAUUGCAUCUAUUGGGAGCACUGUCUUCCUCAUGGGACCAAUGAAACAGCUGAAGCGAAUGUUUGAACCGACGCGUUUGAUUGCCACUAUCCUGGUGCUGUUGUGUUUUGCACUUACCCUGUGUUUUGCCUUUUUGCGGCACAAGGGACUUGCUCUUAUCUUCUGCAUUUUGCAGUCUCUGGCCCUGACGUGGUAUAGCCUUUCCUACAUACCAUUUGCAAGAGAUGCUGUGAAGAAGUGCUUUGCUGUGUGUCUUACAUAAGACAUGGCCAGCUUUGCAGACUUGGAAAGGCACGGUGGAUGGAAGCUGGUGGACCAUGUUGUAAAUAUCUUCUAAACCUCUGUCUCACAGACACGUGCCUUUGAUCUUGCAGCAAUGUGUUGCUUGCAUUCUGAACAUUUGAGGGUUGCUUUUGGAGGCAGUGGUGUGUUCCCAAACCUAAUGCCUGUAGCACCAUGUGAGAGGUGCGUUCUGUAUCUGCCGGAGUGGAAUCUUCCUCGGGCACCUAUGGAUGGGGUUCCACUGGGUUCUCAUAAAUAAAAACCUUGGUAGCAGCAGCAGAUAUGCCUGGGGUGCUAGUGAUUCUCAGGUGGCAACAGGCAAGCCCAUUGGAGAUGACAGGGGUGCAACAGGAAGGGACACAGUUUGGGGGUCAACAGGGACUUUGUAGACUUGCCCUCAGCAUGGCGUCCAUCACCCCUGCCCCUCACAGUGCAGACACACAUCUGUCUUGGUGUCUGGGAACAACUGAUUUUGCUCUUCUGAUAUGAGCCCCUGGAGAGCCUGGCCAUGCAAUGAAGUAGAAAAGGAAUA